AUGGCGCGGUUCACGCGGCGCUACCCCGCGGUGCUGGAGACCCUGCUGAAACAGAUGAUGGCGCUCGUCAGGGAUUUUGAGCAGAAGCUGCUGGAAGCUGAGGCGAAGCGGGAGCAGCAGAAGCAGAAGCCGCCCCAGCAGAAGCAGGGCCAGCAGCAGCAGCAACAGCAGCAGCAGAAGAGGGACGAAAACGGGGACCAAGAGGAGGGGCAGGGGCAGGAGGGCGAGGACGGAGGCGAGGAGGGGCAGCAGGGCGAGCUCACUCAGGAGCAGCUGGAGCAGGCGCUGCAGGAGGCCGCCAACGGGGCGCCCCAGGGCAGCAAGGAGGGGCGGGAGGUCAAGAUCACGCUGGAGAGCGCGGAGGGGCAGCAGGACAAAAAGGUCCAGGCGGACAAGUGA